AUGAUCCUGACCGGGGAGGAAGGUGAGGGCGGCCGGGUCGAUAUUGAGGACCUUGAGCGGUUGCGGAGCGAGCUGGGGCUGGACCGGCCCAUCUACGUGCAGUACGGGGAGUGGGUGUUCAAUCUGCUGAAGGGUGACCUGGGUACGUCCAUCUGGUACCGGAUCCCGGUUAUGGACGAGUUGAAAGACCGGUUCAUCGUCUCCAUGGAACUGGCGGUGAUGGCCAUUCUGAUGGCCUUUGUGGCGGCGGUGCCCUUGGGAGUCAUCUCCGCCGUGAAGCAGGACACCAAGGGCGACUAUGCUAGCCGGAUCUUCGUCCUCAUCGGCAUUGCCAUGCCCACCUUCUGGGUCGGCAUACUGACGGUGUAUGCCCUGGCCUACAUCUUCAACUGGCUGCCUCCUUUAGGCUACGCCAAGGUCUGGGAAGACCCCCUGACCAACCUGCAACAGUUGAUAUUUCCCGCCUUGGUCCUUGCGUUUCAUGACCUGGCAUUCACCGCCCGGGUGACCCGCUCCUCGAUGCUGGAGGUGAUGCGAGAGGACUAUAUGAGAACCGCCCGGUCCAAGGGUCUUAGCGAGUGGGUGGUAACUGGGCGCCACGCCCUCAGGAACGCCCUUCUGCCCGUCAUCACCGUGUCCGGCUAUCAGUUCGGACGCCUCCUGGGCGGGGUAAUUAUCAUCGAGGUCAUCUUCGUGGUGCCAGGCGUGGGGUCUUUCCUGAUAGACGCCAUCGUCCACCGGGACUACGUUGUACUUCAAGCGGUGGUUCUACUCACCGCGGCGGUAGUCCUCGUCUUGAACCUCGUUAUUGACCUGUUUUACGCCGUCCUGGAUCCCAGGAUCCGUUACGGGUAA